ACCCCCCCUCCCGUUCUGUUCCUCCCGGCGACGAGGCGAGGAGCGGAAUAGCAGGUAGGUUUUUUGAAAUCCCUCCCCAAUCCCCCCACUCGUUUCGUUUCGUUCGGGUUCCCCCGCCGCCGAUCCUGACGAGAUUGCUCCUUCUCCCCCGACGCGCCGCCGUCUCCCAGUCGCGAGGAGUCGAGGAGGAUCAGAGGUCAGGCAAGAUGAACAGGAAGCCUGGAGACUGGGACUGCAGGGCUUGCCAGCACCUCAACUUCAGCCGGCGGGACCUAUGCCAGCGCUGUGGUGAGCCACGUGGAGCUGCUGACCGUGGCAGCGGCGGUGGAGGUGACUAUGCCAACUUCGGUGGCCGUGGUGGCUCCUCCUUCGGCGGUGGCUUUGGUGCUGGCUCUGAUGUCCGCCCUGGUGACUGGUUAUGUUCCUGCGGCGCGCACAACUUCGCCAGCCGCUCCAACUGCUUCAAGUGCUCCGCCUUCAAGGAGGAGGCUGCUGUCAACAGUGGUGCUGGUGGCUUUGAUGGUGACACGUCACGCUCACGCUACGGCUUCGGUGGCGGCGCUGCCCGCACCAACCGCCCUGGUUGGAAGUCUGGAGACUGGAUCUGCACCAGGUCCGGAUGCAACGAGCACAACUUUGCCAGCAGGAUGGAAUGUUUCAGGUGCAACGCACCACGGGACUCCGGUAGCGCUGCCAUGACCUACGAUACUUACAACUUGCACUGAGGUGUAGGAUCGGAGCUGACGCUUCGAAUGGACCCCGGACGAGCAGAAGCAGCAAGAAGAAGAGUCCCUCAACAUGAUAAGAAGAGUAGUAGAUUUGCAAAAGGCAUCCCCGAUGCUCUAUUACUAGUUUUGUUCCACCCCUACCGUUUCCUUUUAGAAUUUGGUUCUCGUCUCAUUCCCCCCUCGGACCUAUGUUUGCUGUUUUACUAUUCCCGUUGUUUUCCGCAAUGUUUGCGCUUUGCAUCGAGUCAUGUGAUGUAACCCCAAAACGCUUGCUUUACAAGUAUUAACUAGUACUGUUGCUUCUUAAUA